UUGCUCCCGCCCCAUACCCAAUCACCGCGUAUUACCCACGCUUUGGCCCACUUGGACAGGAAACAGUGCGGAGUAUUGGCUGCUGUUGCACGCCAUGUUAGCGAUGGUUGCCAGGAUAACUGCCCCCCGGGGCCUUGCUGCAGGCUGGACCUCUGGGGCUGUGCUGCGGCAGGUCAGCGCCUUACCCAAUUAUGUAUUCCCUAAAGAAGUCAAGAUUGUUGAAGUUGGACCUAGGGAUGGACUGCAAAAUGAGAAGACAGUUGUUCCAACGGAAGUAAAAAUUCAACUCAUUAACAUGUUAUCGGAGUCUGGAUUACAAGCAAUAGAGGCCACCAGCUUUGUGUCCCCCAAAUGGGUUCCACAGAUGGCAGAUCAUAUCAGUGUCAUGCAAGGAAUAAAGCAGUUCCCCAACGUCAGCUAUCCUGUAUUGACUCCAAAUCUCACUGGAUUCCAGGCAGCAGUUGAAUGCGGCGCCAAAGAAGUGGCAAUAUUUGGUGCUGCUUCUGAGCUUUUUAGCAAGAAGAACAUUAACUGCAGCAUAGAGGAAAGUUUGCAGAGAUUUAAGGCAGUAACAGCAGCAGCUAAAGAAGUCAACAUUCCUGUGCGAGGAUAUGUGUCUUGUGUCCUUGGUUGUCCCUAUCAGGGAAAGGUAUCUCCAAGUAAAGUAGCUGAGGUGGCACACCAGAUGUUCUCCAUGGGUUGCUAUGAGAUCUCGCUGGGAGAUACUAUUGGCGUUGGCACACCAGGCAGUAUGCGAGACAUGUUGACAGCUGUGAUGGAUGUAAUUCCUGCCAAAGCCCUCGCUGUUCACUGUCAUGAUACAUAUGGGCAGGCGCUGGCAAAUAUACUUGUAGCCUUACAGAUGGGAGUACAGGUGGUGGAUUCUUCUAUUGCGGGCUUAGGUGGAUGUCCUUAUGCACAAGGAGCUUCCGGGAAUGUGGCUACAGAAGAUGUUGCUUACAUGCUGGAAGGCCUUGGCAUUCACACAGGUGUUGACCUAAAGAAACUAACGGAAGCUGGUGCCUUUAUCUGCAAAGCUCUCGGAAGGAGAAGUAACUCUAAAGUGGCCCAAGCAAUGUGCAAACUAUGAGAAGCAGAACACACAUAAAGUGCACACUGCCCAAAACAGAAUUCUCUGCACAUCAGAUCUGAGUGUAUAGUGGAUCAGCUGCCCUCUUGGAAGAAAGGACAGAUGUUUUCUUCAUACUAGAAAGACACUAUUAUGCUUAAUUAUAGGACAAGUGCCUGUCUUUUGUACAUGCUUGUGUACUAUCAAGAUCUUUUGAAUAACUUGACAGGAUAAUGCCUGUAUGAUGAUAAUUUAGACUUAAAUUGUUCCUGUAAAUAGGAAAUGCUCACCUUGGAAGUCCUAUGCCUCACAUGGAGUCACGUAUUCUUGGCCAGUGCUUUAUUUGCAAGUGCAUCUAACAUUCAGAAGUGUUUGCAAUAAGCAAGAUAAGGUUUUAUGUUUUAGUAGAUUAUUUAAAUACAGUCAAACUAAAUGUGUCUUGCACAGGUUAGUGUAUGCAAAAUCAUCAUUGUUUUGUCUUGUUUAUUAAGUAUGGCUACUACUUAUGGAAGUAAAUUUGAAGUGAACAGCU